AUGCUGCGUGUAAUAGCUAUUAUUUCUACUGAAAUGUGCCAGUACUGUCGAUGUGACCGACAUUUAUUAACAGUUACUUGUACUGGUCACAAUAUUAUCCUACGAACAAUAAACGCUCCUCACUGGGUACAAACUUUAUAUUUCCAUCAUAUGUCUUUAAGACAUUUGCCCCAUUUUGCAUUCAACGAUAAUAUCAGGAUCUUGCGCAUAAACUUCUGUGGUUUAACGCACAUUCAUCCAUUAUCGUUGACUUCCUUACCCAAUCUACAAAGCUUGCAUUUAGCUGACAACUUAAUUGUAGAUCUGCCUAGUGAAUGCUUCUUCGAGCUGACUAAAUUACGCAUUGUAAAUUUAGCACGAAAUUUAAUUCAUAACAUAAAUUUUAUCGGGGAAAUAUUCCCGAAAAAUCACAUAUUGGAGCAGUUCAGUUUGGAUGGUAAUCCGAUAGAAAGUUGUUCAGUUGGUAUUCAAUUGCCAUUAGUUCGACAACUGUAUCUUUCCAGUACGAACAUGCAAAGCAUCAACGACUCUGCAAUAAUUUUUCUGCCAAGUUCGCGAUGUAUAGCUUCUGAAACAUUGUGUCGCACUUUGCAAAUAUCCAGUCAACACUGGUCCAUUUUGCGCACUUUGGAUUUAUCAUCUCAUAAAGAACUAACAAUACAACCAUCAUUUCUUGGAGUAAUUACGAAUGUAACCACACUCAAUCUCGACGAAAGUAAGCUUCCUGCUUCAUUCCCAGACUGGUUGCAGUUUUCUAGUCGAGCACGACAUCUCAGCUUGUCAUCAAGUACUGUUGUCGAUACGAAUCAUACCUGGAAAUGGUGUGGUGAGUAUCUAGAAUGGCUUGACAUAUCCUACACUGAUCUUCGAGUUCUUAUCAUUCCAAGUUAUUGCCAGCUCCGAUACUUGAAGGCAAAUGGCAAUCAUUUGAGAGAAGCUUCUAUAGAUACCACUUCCUUGGUAACAUUAUUCUUGGAACAGAAUGAACUAACAUCCUGGAUUAUACCACCACCUGGCAAUACCUUCAGUCAGCUCUUAACUCUUUCACUUGCUUCCAAUAAAAUCCGUUACUUACCCGAGAAUGCUUUAACAUAUUAUCCUCAACUUCAACACUUCGACAUUUCACACAAUAUUUUGACGAACCUAUCCCACCAUUCAUUCCCAACAAUUGGCAUGCAAGUUCGCUUCAUCAAUAUGUCCCACAAUAAGUUAUCACGUUUUGUACAUCCAGUACUGCCCUCUUUACUACUGCUUGACUUAUCUAGUAAUACUCUUCAAGGUUUAGAUACAGCGUUGCUAGCAGGACUACCACUUCUACAGCACUUUUAUCUUGGUUCAAAUGUCAAUUUAUUCGCAGAGUGCGACCAGCAUCGGGAAUGCUGGGUUUUAUCUCUCAAUCAGCUGGGGAAUUUAAUUGAUUUGGAUCUUUCGGAUUGCAAUCUUGAGUGGCAACCAGAUCUUUCAAAAUUGCAAGCAUUACGUAAGCUGGACUUAUCCCGGAAUCGCUUGCCAUUGUUGAAUGGCGCUUUACUACCUCGUAGUCUUUAUCAUCUAGAUGUCAGACAAAACCUCAUUCACUAUUUUCUCAAUGAAAGCUAUAUGAAGAGUAGUGAAUUACGUGAAAUCAAAGUUUCGCAGAACCCACUCAUUUGCGAUUGUAAACUAUUAGAAAUGAACCGAUGGAUCCCAAAUGAUACAUACUCUGCGUCAACCAAUGACUUAUUCUAUUGCUUUUCUGAAGGCUGGCAGUAUCCAUUAAGAAGCUAUUUGGAUACGGUGAAAGCAUGUCUCCCAGCUGAAUCUUUAUGGCCUCCGACGUCAAUUACAGUAGUCAUCGGUUUUUUACUUUGUAUCACUUUAAUCUCAAUUUCAUUCAUUUUUGUAACAAACUGGAGGGUAUCACGAUACAGUAGGUUCCUAUCGUUCACAUACAAACCACUUCGAACCCAUGACAUAUCGUCCACCGCCAUCGGAAUGUAA